AUGAACAGCUGGCUCAACCAACAUUUCUUUUUCCUCCUUCUCAAUCUUAUGAUCGGAACCAUUGCUUUCACCUCCACCUUCAAUAACCGACACCAUCACCAGCAGCAGCAACAACAACAACAACAACAGAAGCCAAACCACCGGGAAGAAGAAGCCCACAACCGGAAUCAAGAAGAAGAAGAAGAAAUCUUAAUCCAACAACAAUCAUCAUCAACAAUUCCAACUCCAACUCCUCUUCCUCUUCCUCCUACUCCUACUACCACCACUCAAAUUAGCUCCAUUCACCACCAUAACUACCAAAACGGAUCCAAAGAAUCCGACCCACCAUCGUCAAUCCAAACUCAAGUCGAUUCGCUUCAAGAUUCAGGUACCCAUUUGCCCCAAACCCCAACAGUACUAGAUCCCCAAGAAACCAAUUUCAAAGAAGAAGAAGAAGAAGAAGAAGGAGAGGCACCAUUAACAUUGGAUGAUGUGUAUGUUCAGACGAUGAUGGUCAAUAAAUUAAUCCGGACAACGGCCGAACCCAUGAAGGAAUCCAGCGAGAUCCCGGUGAGGAAGGAGGGAAGGAUGAAGAAAUCGGUGAGUAUGAAAGCGGAAGCGAAGAAGAAGGAGUUGGAGUUGGAAGAGACGAUCGAGGCCCGGCGGCCGGCGACGAUGCGUGAAGGAAAAGGAAAAAAGACGACGGUGGAGAAAGACGAGUACGGAGUGGAUGAGAAAGCAGAUGAUUUCAUCAACAGAUUCAAACAACAACUCAUGUUGCAGAGGAUGGAUUCGAUCGGUAGGCAAAGAGAGAUCAGGGUCAAAAAGUAA